CGCCGCCCCUGGCGCCCGGCAGGCACUGAUCUUGUGAGCUGCUGGCUGGCCCGGGGCAGGGGGACGGAAACGAGGUCCACGCCGGGGCUCCGAGGCGGCGCGCGGCCCCGCGAGACUCGGGCUGAGGCGGCGUGGCCCAUGAGCCGACGCCGGAGGCAGCGCGGAGCCGCAGACGCCCCUGGCCCCGGCGCGGCCCCGGCUGCCGCGGGCUGAGGAGCCGCGGGGCUCCGGGAGGCGCACCCGCGCUGCUACCAUGAACCCGGAGAAGGAUUUCGCGCCUCUCACGCCCAACAUCGUGCGCGCCCUCAACGACAAGCUCUACGAAAAGCGGAAGGUGGCUGCCCUGGAGAUCGAGAAGCUGGUCCGGGAGUUCGUGGCCCAGAACAACACGGUGCAGAUCAAGCAUGUGAUCCAGACCUUAUCUCAGGAGUUUGCCCUGUCUCAGCACCCCCACAGCCGGAAAGGGGGGCUCAUCGGCCUGGCUGCCUGCUCCAUUGCACUGGGCAAGGACUCGGGGCUCUACCUGAAGGAGCUGAUCGAGCCGGUGCUCACCUGCUUCAAUGACGCGGACAGCAGGCUGCGCUACUACGCCUGUGAGGCCCUCUACAACAUCGUCAAGGUGGCCCGAGGCGCCGUGCUGCCCCACUUCAACGUGCUCUUCGACGGGCUGAGCAAGUUGGCUGCUGACCCAGACCCCAAUGUGAAAAGCGGAUCUGAGCUCCUAGACCGCCUCUUAAAGGACAUUGUGACGGAGAGCAACAAGUUUGACCUGGUGGGCUUCAUCCCCUUGUUGCGGGAGAGGAUUUACUCCAACAACCAGUACGCCCGGCAGUUCAUCAUCUCCUGGAUCCUGGUGCUGGAGUCCGUGCCUGACAUUAACCUGCUGGACUACCUGCCAGAGAUCCUGGACGGGCUCUUCCAGAUCCUGGGCGACAAUGGCAAAGAGAUCCGGAAAAUGUGUGAGGUGGUCCUUGGGGAGUUCCUGAAGGAAACGAAGAAGAACCCCUCGAGUGUAAAGUUUGCUGAGAUGGCCAACAUCCUGGUGAUCCACUGCCAGACCACAGAUGACCUGAUCCAGCUGACGGCCAUGUGCUGGCUGCGGGAGUUCAUCCAGCUGGCCGGCCGCGUGAUGCUGCCCUAUUCCUCGGGGAUCCUGACCGCUGUCCUGCCCUGCCUGGCCUAUGAUGACCGCAAGAGGAACAUCAAGGAGGUGGCCAAUGUCUGCAACCAGAGCCUGAUGAAGCUGGUCACCCCCGAGGACGACGAGCCCAAUGAGCCCAGGCCAGUGGUGCAGAAGCAGGCAGGCCCCAACCCCGAGGACUGCGCAGCAAAGCAGGAGGGGCCAGCCAGCGGAGGGCCUGAUGGUUCUUGCGACUCUAGCUUCAGUAAUGGCCUCAGUGUCUUCACUCCAGCCAACGCGGAGAGGGCCCCAGUCACCCUCCACCUGGACGGGAUCGUGCAGGUGCUGAACUGCCACCUCAGCGACACGGCCAUUGGCAUGAUGACCAGGAUCGCCGUCCUCAAGUGGCUGUACCACCUGUACAUCAAGACCCCCCGCAAGAUGUCACGGCACACGGACAGCCUGUUCCCCGUGCUCCUGCAGACACUGUCGGACGAGUCUGACGAGGUUAUCCUGAAGGAUCUGGAGGUGCUGGCAGAAAUUGCUUCUUCCCCUGCAGGCCAGACAGAUGACCCAGGCCCCCUCGAUGGCCCUGACCUCCGGGUCAGCCACUCGGAGCUCCAGGCGCCCACCCCCGGCAGAGCCGGCCUGCUGAACACACCCGGUACCAAAAGCUUGGAGUGUUCUCCUUCCACCCCGACCAUGAACUCCUACUUUUACAAGUUCAUGAUCAACCUUCUCAAGAGGUUCAGCAGUGAGCGGAAGCUCCUGGAGGUCAGAGGCGCCUUCAUCAUCAGGCAGCUCUGCCUCCUGUUGCACGCGGAGAGCAUCUUCCACUCGAUGGCAGACAUCCUGCUCCGGGAGGAGGACCUCACAUUUGCCUCGACCAUGGUCCACACCCUCAACACCAUCCUGCUGACCUCCACUGAGCUCUUCCAGCUGCGAAACCAGCUAAAGGACCUGAAGACCCCGGAGAGCCGGAACCUGUUCUGCUGCCUGUACCGCUCCUGGUGCCACAACCCCGUCACCACGGUGUCCCUCUGCUUCCUCACCCAGAACUACCGGCACGCCUACGACCUCAUCCAGAAGUUCGGGGACCUGGAGGUCACUGUGGAUUUCCUCACGGAGGUGGACAAGCUGGUGCAGCUGAUCGAGUGCCCCAUCUUCACAUACCUGCGCCUGCAGCUGCUGGACGUGAAGAGCAACCCGUACCUGAUCAAGGCCCUGUACGGCCUGCUCAUGCUGCUGCCGCAGAGCAGCGCUUUCCAGCUGCUGUCGCACCGGCUGCAGUGCGUGCCCAACCCUGAGCUGCUGCAGGCCGAAGACGGUCUGAAGGCAGCACCCAAGUCGCAGAAAGCAGACUCCCCAAGCAUCGACUACGCGGAGCUGCUGCAGCACUUCGAGCGGGUCCAGAAGAAGCACCUGGAAGUGAGGCACCAGCGGAGCGGCCGUGGGGAUCACCUGGACCGGAGGGUGGUCCUCUGACGGCCUGGCGUGGAGACAGGCCCACGGAGUGGUGCCAUGGCGUACUGGGGGUCUUCAGGCCUCCUCCCCGCAGAGCCCAAGGGUCUGCCUCGAGGGCAGGGCUGGGCCUGGCCACCAGCGCGGGGCAGGGUGGUGGGCUGGAGGCGCUGACCACUGCGCUGCUCUCACAGCCCAGCCCCAGGCCCCCAGCUGCACUGGGGAUCAGACAGAGCUGGCUUCCCACCAGCGUGGGGCCACAACCUCAGACAUCCCUGUUUUCUGGAAUCGGGUUCUUUCUAACGCCCUCUUGUAAAGAGCUUGACGCCCCAAGCCCACCAGACCUCUGACCUCGUGCAGAUGUGUGUACAUGCACGUAUACCCGUCUGUGUGCACGUAGGGACCAGCACAGAUCCGUAUGAAGGAUGCCCCCCUCCCCAAUAAAGAAGUGACAGAAAACUCUCCA